CAGUGAAUGGAGAGCGGGCGGGCGGCGAGCGCAGCAGCGGGUGGGAGCGCCGCCGCCUCCGCCCCCUCCGCCUCCCCUCGCCGCCUCCCGGUCCCGGCUCCGCCGGCCGCCAGCGCGGGGGUGCGGGCCCGCGGCGGCAGCGGCAGCGGCAGCCGAGCGGCGGGAGGGAGGGAGGGAGCGAGCGCCUGAGGAGCCGGCGGCGGGGCCGCUUUGAAUUGCCGGUCAUCUCCUCCGCGGGUUACCUGCCCGGCCCAGGUGGGGCGAUGCAGAGCGGAGGAGGCUGCUGCGGGGAUUGCCGCCGCUUCUGAUGGAUGUUUUGUGUGCGUUUGCCUCCGCUCCCGGUUUCUCUUUCAUCUGAGGACGCCUCUGGCUGAAGCUCUGUUAAACUGUCUGCCUUCUGGUACCGUUCGCAGAUAACAGAAAGAAACCUGAGCCCGAAAGGCAAUUCCCCACCUUCUUCCACCUAACGUAACCUUUUCGGGCGCCUUUGAAGGUUUGCUGGUGCUCCGGCGAUGAUGGCAGCGGUGGGUUCCCUUGGGCUGUACUAAGAGCCUCUUGUUUUCUUUUCCCUUUCUUCUUAGAGGCAUUUCAUCUUUAAGGGCCGGCUGCUCGCACGCACUUUUAUACCCACUGAAGCGAUCAAGAAACCAUGUUGCCUGGUGGAAGAUGUGCGUUUCUGUGCCUUGGAAUGAUCUUGAGCUUUUGGAGCUCCGUGAGUUGGAUGCCCGUUGGAGGAUGCCCGCAUAAAUGUACAUGUAUUGCUUCCAACGUGGAUUGUCACGGACUAGGACUCAAAACUGUACCGAGGGAUAUUCCCAGGAAUGCGGAGAGACUUGAUCUAGAAAAAAAUAAUAUCACAAGAAUCACAAAGACGGACUUCACAGGACUGAAGAAUCUCCGUGUCUUACACUUGGAAGAAAAUCAGAUUAGUGUGAUAGAACGUGGAGCAUUUCAGGAUCUAAAACAACUUGAACGGCUGCGUCUGAACAAGAAUAAAUUGCAAGUUCUUCCAGAGCUGCUUUUUCAGAACACACAGAAGUUAACUAGAUUAGACCUGAGUGAAAACCAGAUAAAAGGAAUCCCUAGAAAGGCCUUUCGAGGAAUCAUUGAUGUGAAGAACUUGCAACUGGACAACAACCAGAUCAGCUGCAUCGAAGAUGGAGCCUUCCGAGCCCUGCGCGACCUGGAGAUCCUUACUCUCAACAAUAACAACAUCACCCGCAUUCCUGUUACCAGUUUCAAUCACAUGCCAAAGAUCAGGACUCUGCGGCUUCACUCCAACUUCCUGCACUGCGACUGCCACCUGGCUUGGCUGUCUGACUGGCUGCGGCAGAGGCGCACUAUCGGGCAGUUCACCUUCUGUUUGGCACCUGUAAACCUGCGCGGUUUUCUUGUGGCAGAGGUUCAGAAGAAGGAAUUUGUCUGCUCUGGUCCCCAGUCUGAACCUCCAUCGUGCAGUGCCAGUUCCAUCACUUGCCCAUCUGCCUGCACCUGCAGCAACAAUGUAGUGGAUUGUCGAGGAAGGGGCUUAACAGAAAUUCCAGCUAACCUACCAGAGGACAUUUGGGAAAUACGUUUGGAACAAAACCUCAUCAAAAUCAUUCCCCCUGGAGCUUUUACCCAGUACAAGAAGCUUAAGAGAAUAGAUAUCAGCAAGAAUCAGAUAUCUGACAUUGCGCCUGACGCAUUCAAAGGCUUGAAAUCUCUCAUUUCAUUAGUGCUCUAUGGAAACAAGAUCACAGAGAUUCCCCAGGGCCUUUUUGAUGAUCUUGUGUCUCUGCAGCUGCUGCUUCUCAAUGCCAAUAAGAUCAACUGCCUGAGGGUAAACACGUUCCAAGGUCUGCAUAAUCUCAAACUGCUAUCUCUUUAUGACAACAAACUGCAGACUAUCAGCAAGGGGCUCUUUGCACCUCUCCGAUCGAUCCAGACUCUACAUUUAGCUCAGAAUCCAUUUGUGUGCGACUGCCAUUUGAAGUGGCUGGCUGAUUACCUGCAGGAUAAUCCGAUAGAAACCAGCGGCGCUCGAUGCAGCAAUCCGCGUCGCCUUGCCAACAAACGAAUCAGCCAGAUCAAGAGCAAGAAGUUCCGCUGCUCAGGGUCAGAGGAUUACAGAAGUAAAUUUACCGGGAAGUGUUUCAUGGACCUUGUCUGUCCUGAGAAGUGUCGCUGCGAGGGAACAAUUGUAGACUGCUCUAACCAAAAACUCAUCCGAUUACCCAGUCACCUUCCUGAAUAUACUACUGAUCUGCGUUUGAAUGACAAUGAUAUUUCUGUUUUGGAAGCUAUCGGACUCUUCAAGAAAUUGCCCAACCUCAGAAAAAUAAAUCUAAGCAACAAUAAGAUCAAGGAGAUCCGAGAAGGCACAUUUGAUGGAGCUUCAGGAGUGCAGGAACUGAUUCUGACAGAGAAUCAACUGGAGUCAGUGCAUGGACGAAUGUUUAGAGGCCUCACAGGGCUAAAGACAUUGAUGCUGAGGAGCAACUCUAUCAGCUGUAUAAACAAUGACACCUUUGCUGGACUGAGCUCAGUGAGGCUUCUUUCUCUGUAUGACAAUCACAUCAGCACUAUCACCCCUGGAGCCUUCAGCACUUUAGUCUCUUUGUCUACAAUUAAUUUGCUGGCUAACUCCUUUAAUUGUAACUGCCAUUUGGCCUGGCUGGGAAAAUGGUUGAGGAAGAAGAGAAUUGUCAGUGGAAAUCCACGCUGCUUGAAACCCUUUUUCUUAAAGGAUAUUCCAAUCCAAGAUGUAGAUGUCCAGGACUUCACCUGCGAUGGUAAUGAUGAAAGCAGCUGCUUGCUUUCACCUCCUUGUCCUUCCCAGUGUACUUGUGUGGACUCGGUGGUACGCUGCAGCAACAAAGGGCUGCGGAUAUUGCCCAAAGGAAUUCCCAAAGACGUGACUGAGCUUUACCUGGAAGGAAACCAUCUGACUGCUGUGCCGAAGGGGCUCUCCACUUUCAGACACCUGACACUGAUUGAUUUGAGCAACAACAGCAUAAGCGUAUUGGCCAAUUACACCUUCAGCAACAUGACUCAAUUAUCAACACUCAUCCUGAGUUACAAUAGACUUCGGUGCAUUCCAGUCCACGCGUUCAAUGGGCUCAGGUCUCUUCGAGUGCUGACACUCCAUGGAAAUGAUAUUUCCAGUGUUCCCGAAGGUUCUUUCAAUGACCUGGUAUCCCUGUCCCAUCUGGCUCUAGGUACCAACCCUUUGUAUUGUGAUUGCAACCUCCGUUGGCUUUCCGAGUGGGUGAAGGCAGGGUACAAAGAGCCAGGGAUAGCCCGCUGCAGCGGGCCUGACGCCAUGGUGGACAGGCUGCUGCUCACAACACCGACUCACCACUUCCAGUGCAAAGAGCCGGUAGAUAUCAGUGUUGUGUCCAAGUGUAACCCCUGCCUCUCCAAUCCAUGUAAGAACAAUGGGACAUGCAACAAUGAUCCAGUGGAGUUUUAUCAGUGCACUUGCCAUUUUGGCUUCAAGGGUCGAGACUGCAGUGUGCCCAUUAAUUCUUGCAUUCAAAAUCCAUGUCAGAAUGGAGGGACCUGCCACCUCACUGAGGCAAAUAAAGAUGGAUUCAGCUGUUCUUGUCUCCUUGGGUAUGAGGGGGAGAGGUGUGAAAUAAACCCAGAUGACUGUGAAGAUAAUGACUGCGAGAAUAACUCUACAUGUGUGGAUGGGAUCAACAACUAUGUCUGUCUCUGCCCUCCUAAUUACACAGGUGAACUGUGUGAUGAGGUGAUUAACCACUGUGUUCCUGAUCUAAAUCCAUGCCAACAUGAGUCCAAAUGUGUUCCCCUUGACAAAGGAACCAGAUGUGAGUGCUUGCCGGGUUACAGUGGAAAACAUUGUGAAAUUGAUGAUGACGACUGUGUGGGCCAUAAGUGUCGCCAUGGAGCUGUCUGCGUAGAUGCAGUCAAUGGCUACACCUGCGUCUGUCCUCAGGGUUUCAGUGGACUUUUCUGUGAAACUCCUCCACCAAUGGUUCUUCUCCAGACAAGCCCAUGUGAUAACUACGAGUGCCAGAAUGGGGCCCAGUGCAUCGUCGUGCACCACGAGCCCGUCUGCCGCUGCCUUGCUGGCUUUGCUGGGCAGAAAUGCGAGAAGCUCAUCACAGUCAACUUUGUUGGGAAGGAUUCCUAUGUGGAGCUGCCAUCAGCCAAAAUUCGCCCUCAGGCAAACAUCUCCCUCCAGGUAGCAACGGACAAGGACAAUGGCAUCUUAUUAUACAAAGGAGACAAUGAUCCUUUGGCUCUGGAGUUGUACCAAGGACACGUGAGGCUCAUCUAUGACACACUGAAUUCUCCCCCCACCACAGUAUACAGUGUGGAAACAGUAAAUGAUGGGCAGUUUCAUAGUGUGGAACUUGUGAUGCUGAAUCAAACUCUGAACCUGGUGGUGGACAAGGGGACGCCCAAGAGUCUAGGAAAACUCCAGAAACAGUCUCCUGUCAGCCUCAACACACCCCUCUACAUUGGAGGGAUCCCGACCUCUACUGGAUUAUCUUCACUGCGCCAGGGUGCAGAUAAGACACCAAAUGGUUUUCACGGAUGUAUUCACGAUGUCCGCAUCAAUAACGAGCUGCAGGAUUUCAAGGAUUUACCACAGCAGUCACUAGGAGUCCUUCCUGGCUGCAAAUCCUGUAACAUCUGCAAGCACGGUAUUUGCCGGUCCCUAGAGAAAACAAGUGUGAUUUGUGAGUGUCACCCAGGCUGGACAGGCCCCCUGUGUGACCAGGAAAUUGGAGACCCAUGUCUUAACCACAAGUGUCUGCAUGGUAAGUGCACGGUAGCCAGUGUUGCUUACACCUGUAAGUGCAUGGAGGGCUACACAGGCAUGUACUGUGACAAGAAGAACAAUUCCUCAAAUCCCUGCAGGAUUUUGAAAUGCAACCACGGGCAGUGUAAAAUUUCCGAGCACGGGGAACCCUACUGCGAAUGCGAUCCUAACUAUAGUGGAGAACAUUGUGACAGAGAGAAUCUCUGCCAAGGAGAGAUAAUUCGAGAAGUAGUCCGUAAGCAGCAGGGCUACACAUCAUGUGCCACUGCCUCCAAAGUACCCCGCCUGGAAUGCCGUGGCAGCUGCGGCAACGGGCAGUGCUGCGUUCCUCUCCGGAGCAAAAGGCGGAAAUACUUCUUCCAGUGCGUGGAUGGCUCCACCUUCACGGAAGAACUGGAGAGACAUGUGGAAUGUGGCUGCUCAAAAUGCUUAUAAGCCAUUCUCCAGUCUCUUGCCACUUUAAUCGACUCAGAAGCGCUAUCAAAACGGGACCUAUUUACUUUCAGAGUGAAGAAGAAGAAAAGAAUUAUUAAGUAUAUUGUAAAAUAAACAAAAAAUAGAACUUAUUUUUAUUAUGGAAAGUGACUAUUUUCAUCUUUUAUUAUAUAAAGUAUCGCACCACUUUGGGUAUAUGUAUCAUAUAGUGAGUUAUUUUUACCAUGAAACUUUUUUAACAGUUGUAAGAAAAAAAAAUUCAAAAGUUAAAAGUUAAAAAAAAAAUAUAAAGAAAACAUAGCCUAACAGGAGAAAUCCGGGGGUGACUUUAUAGGUAUGCACAAUGAACAAAUAUAAAGGUGUUCCAAGGACCUGCCACAGAACUGAUACGGGCUGAAGAAAUCUCCGAGGCUCUGGGUGGGUCUCCUAAGAGAGAGGAUCCCCAUGACUGACAGCCAUCUCGCCUGCUCAGGCACCCUGAGAAAGCCUCCCCCUCGGUCCCUUGCUCUGCCUAACACUGCCGACGCUGUUUUGUUCCUGUACAGUGGCUCCGCUUGCUAUUCUUGAACUGGUUCCCUAUAGCACGUAGGCACUGCCAUAGCUUGAGGCUAACUACAUUAUUUGACUAUUGUAAUACUAUAAUACAUUUUUUGCUGUGUAUGUUGUAUUUAUCUGUGUUCACAUUAUAUUCUUCAGCAAAUGUAUCUAUAGAGCACAGGCAGCUCUAUCCAAAAGAAGGGGACGAAGGGAAAGGAAGUGGGGAAAUAUAUGUUGCUUUGGGAAAUUUGGGGGCGAAAUGUGAAAUAAGUGCUAAGUAAUGCUUAAUAAAUGACAUAGUACUUUUGUGUAAACUCCUCAGCUAUGUUAUUUCCCAAGUUUGUGCCUUCUUGCUCCCAGCCUUGAGCCCUUUUCUGUGUAUGAAAUAUAAGGAAUGCACUGCUACAUAGUUUCUCACGCCUUGACACUUUAACUUGCAAAGGUUGUAAAGAGCAUGAAAGUAUUGCAGGUGCCAGAGCGUACCUGCAACGUAAUGGCUUUUACUCCCACUGUCACUUGAGCCAUGGGUGUAAGCUGGGCGGUAGCUGCCUGUUCAUCCACACUCUGGUACUGAGAAGUUGGCUACUUUUCCACAGCUUUUUAAACGAGCAGAAGUUGCACUAUAUCCAUGUGAAGGUAUUCAGCUGACAUUUGUCCACCUUAGCAGCACUCUCUUCUCUGCACGAGGAGAGACGUCACAGCUCCAUCCUGUCCUGUUCUCGCAUUUGGUGCAGAUUGACCAAUUCAGCCAAAGCUUUUCCAUCUGCACUGCUUCAUAUCCUGCACUUGUGCCUCCCAAAGGACUCCCAUUAACUUUAGCUGUGUUCAGGGACAACACUGAAUAGGAAACGGAAAUCAAUGCAGGGAUAAAUUCUUACUGUGAAUGUGAGGCAACAAUUGACUCUGGGAGUGAGUUUGAUUUUUGGAGGGUUUUUGGCAGGGCUACCUUUCAAGGUCAGUAAGUACAUGCAAAGAUUACCAUGGAUACCUUGAAGUUUUUCUUAGGUUCAAACAUCCCCAUCAACAACUGUUCCAUUAUCAGUGUAAUUUCUUUCUUUCCCUAAUAUAGCAAGUAUUAUGGUCCUUUCUUCAAUUUCUCUUUCUCUAAGAGAGGUUAAGUCAGUGAUGAUUCCUAGCAGCCAUAAACUCCUUUUGGGAACGCUCACUGGUCUCACCAGAAAGAUCUCAGAUCAGGGGCUUCAGCAAAGGAUGAGUAGGAAAGCUGCAUCAAGAAAAGGGGGCUUUUGUUUGACUGGGGCUUUGGAAAGAUGCACAGAAUGCAACCCUGCCGUGACAAGUAUAAGUGUUUAUUUCCCAUUAAAGUGUCCAUCUAGUUAUCAUGCAACCAGAAAGCUCUAACAUGCUUAGCUGUUUUCUGCCAUGUCACAUCUCUCCUUAACUGCAGCAGUUCAUUCAUAUUUGUUUAUUACUACCAGAGCAACUUGAGCAGAAGGGACAUAACCAAUACAAUAGCCAUCUCACAAAAUAAGUAUCAGUAUGUGGAGCCUGCAAUCAGUGAAACAUGAAACAAUCAUUAGUUAAUGUGCUAAACUCUCAUUGAAACCAUGCAGCUCAAGAGCCAGGGAAAAACUAACCCUGGUUGCAAGUACUGUGGGCUGCUUUGUAUUUUGAAUAUAACAUCAGAAGGUCAUAGCAGCUGGAGUUUGUGGUGUACAACAAAAACCACCCAAACCCACAACCUACACAUUUUAAAAAUUUGUGCAAGUAACUGCAGGCACUUGGGCAAAUAUGUGCCUGGCACACCACUACCAUUAAUGUUUCAUUCCAGCUUAAAACACUUUAAUUUCUAAAGAAGCAGCUGCUAUGGUGCCAGGCAGAAGAAAUCCAGACUGAGCAGUGGCUUACAAGCCUUCUGUGUGCUCUACUGCACUAUUUGUAGCCACUAAACUGCCAAGGCCUGCAGAAACACAGCCCCUCUUGAACAUCACCCAAAAUGGCGUUCACGUUGCCCCUUGAGCAGCAACAUGUAUGAGUAGGAAGGUGACAUUUACUCGUGGCCUCGCACCUGCUGGAGGGUGCUUUAAAAGGAAUGGACCUUGACUGGCAAGGCAAAAGCCAUCAACAUCUUGUUGACACAUCACUCUGGGAUUUAUUUAAGCAAAGCCUUGCAGCAAAGUGACCAGCAACAACUCAGCAAGGCUGGCCCUGUUCCUGGCCCUUUUCUGUCAUGGCACUUCAAUGUUAAGCGUUGGGAUAAAGAACUAAGAAUAUCUAUUUUGUAACCAAAUUAUGCAAAUUUUGUAUGCUUUUAGGCAGCACUUGCCAUUCGAUAGUGAUGCUUUAUGUCAAUGAUUCUCUGACUUGCUAUAGAAUUAUUUUAUGUUAAGAAGAAAAUAAAAAGCAUUCAGAUGUGCCAAAAAUGUGAGGUUAACUGAAGUGUAAUUAGCUCUGAAAGUUCCUCUGUAACCUGCCUAAUGUUACAAUAGAUUUCAACAACUGCGGGUACAAUGCAGUAGUUUUUACCUCUAUAAAGUUUUAAUAUAAAGUGAAGAAAGAUGCUUACCCUUAAAAAAUGGCAAUGCAGACUGGUGUGAACUGAUGUAUUUUAUUAAUAGAUUCUCAUUGUGAUGUAAGUUUAAAUAAAUUGUUGGGUUAUGGAAGAUUGUAA